UAGAAUGGGAUUAGUGUGGUUUAAUUAAGGGUCGGUUAAGUUACAGAGAAUUAAGGUUAGGGAAAAUAUUGCAGCGACCUGAAGCUAGUUUAAACUAGUGGAAGGUUGUGUGCGGAUCGAGAAAAGUAUAAUGGCUCGUGGGAAAGUUCAAAUGAAAAGGAUUGAAAAUCCAGUGCAUAGACAAGUUACUUUCUGUAAACGUCGAGCUGGGCUCCUUAAAAAGGCUAAGGAGCUCUCUGUGCUUUGCGAUGCUGAAAUUGGAGUUUUCAUUUUCUCCGCUCAUGGAAAGCUCUAUGAACUCGCCACUAAAGGAACCAUGCAAGGGCUUAUUGAAAGGUACAUGAAGCACACCAAUGGGAAUCAGCCACCAGACCCACCAAUUGAUCACCAAACUUUGGAAGUAAAGGAGGAGAUCAUCAGGCUGAAACAGGAAAUUGAAGUCCUAAAGGGUCUCAGGAAUGCUUUGGGAGGAGGAGGAGCCGAAGGAAUAAUGACAUUGGAUGAGCUUGAUAUGUUUGAGAAGCAACUUGAGAUUUGGAUUUGUCAAGUGCGUUCUACAAAGAUGAAGUUCAUGUGUGAAGAGAUUGAAGCACUGAGGAACCAGGAAUUGAUACUGAAAGCUGCCAACAAGUAUCUUCAUGAUAAGAUGGAGGAAAACAUUAGCAACACAACUAACAUUGAACCUGUGAAUAUUACUAACUGUCAAUAUCCACUAAUUAUACAGGAUGAGUUAUUUCAGGUUUGCAAUUAAAGUUAGAAGCUAGAAAAGCAUAUUAUCUGUUUUAAUGUAAAAAGAGAAAAUAUGAUCAAGAAAC